AUGAUCUUCUUUGUGAAUAAGGAUCUGUUGCUUUCCAAUGCUGAAAAGGGCAAUUUUAAAACAAGAAACUUCAAGGCUCAUCUUUGCUCGCAUAGAUUCUCACUCAACAAGCCUGUAUCCCUUGUAAUCAUGUUCAAAUCCUUCUGGGGUUCUGAAGAACAGCAUAAUGAACAGUCAUAUGGAGAUAGACCAGUAGUAUCCCGCAUUCCACCUAAUGAAGCUGCUGGGAUUGUUGUUGUCUUAAAAGACAAAAGUGCUAACGAGUUGCAGAAGCUUUUGUCUAACAAAGAUGCAUAUCAACAAUUUCUACAUUCACUUGACAUUGUCCAAAAUCAGAUUCAUCUGAGGAAUGAACUGCGAAAUGAAACUAUACAGCUUGCAAAACACAACUUGGAAAAAGAACCACACAUCAGGGAGCUUCGAAACCAGUGUCAAAUAAUUCGGGCAACCGAACUGGCAACUGCCCGAGAGAAGCUGAAUGAACUAGAAAAGCAGAAGCAAGAAAUCCUCAGAUUUUACUCUCCCACAUCAUUACUUCAUCGUCUUCAAGAGUCGAUGCAUAAGACAGAAGAGGAAUCAGAGGCUUUACACCAACAGCUUCUUGAUAGAGAGAUUGAUCUUACUGCUUUCACUCACAAGUACAAGAGGCUUCGCAACUUGUACCAUAAACAAUCUCUCACACAUCUUGCUGCUAAUACUUCCUUGUUCGUGCCCCCUUCCUUUAUAUCCGUUCUUCUUCUCCUCGCAUCGCCGCAGCUAUUGAAAAUGGGAUCGUAUGGGACAGCGUGUACUUCGUCAGGAUCGCUCAAUGCAGUUACGAAUAUGAACAAACAUUUUCUUUCUUGCCUCUUCUUCCUUUGUGCAUUUCGUUGUUGUCUUGAACAGGUCCUGAAUAGAUUGUUGAUUUCACUUUCUACUGAUUUUGCUCUUGGUUUGGUUUUGUUGCAUGUUUCUACCCAUAUUUACAUGCUACUUACAUAUAUGACAAGUAAUUUGAAGACUUCACCCAGGAUCUUCAAGGGUCGUCUAGGAAUCAAUAAUGGGCAUCUUAACAGAUGA